GGAAAGGGCGCGGCAGGGGAAGGAAUCAUUCUUCUUUCUUGCCCUAAUUCUUCCUGUCUCUCUCUACCUUUCGGAUUUCUCUCUCCUCUCCCCCUCUCUCUCUCUCUCUUAUUCUCUUUCUCUGCAGAUUUCCCUGAUCAACUAUGGUGCGAAGGAAAGCAACGACAGUACGAAGGUCAAACCGAGCUAAAAGGCAAAGAAAUGCACCUACUUCUGAUUCAGAAGAUUCAUGGCAAUCUGAUUCGGGUGGUGAUCCCACUGUUUCAUCUGAUUUUAGCAGCUCAGAAUCAGAUGAAUCCUCUGUGCCAAAGGUUCAAGUUCGGAGACGAACCAGGUCCCAUGUGAGUGCCUCAGUCCAAGAAGAAGCCAGUGAUCCACCUGAAGUGAAUGGUGUGAUUGUUGAUGCUUUGAGAGAUCUAAACCAUGGUGACAUUGAUGAUGCUUUGGGAGGCUUAAAUCAUGAUGGAGGUUUAAAUCAUGAUGGAGUUAAUGAAGAUAUGAUACAGCGAAACCAUGGUGUCGCAGCCCCAAGAAAAAGGAGAAAGAGAAAUUACAGGCAAACAUGGAACUUCCCACAUAAAUACCAUUUCCCGCGAUUGCCCUGGGAAAAAUGGGAAGAAGAGAACAUUGAAUGGUUAGUUGAUUCUGGAAAAGAAGAUAUUGAAUUGGAUUCUGUCGCCCCCUUUUAUGGUGGAACCCCUGAUUCAAUUGACCCAUCUUCUGAGAUAUUGGUACCCUUAUUACAGUUUCAAAGAGAAUGGUUAGCUUGGAGCAUGAAACAAGAGGAAUCGGUGAUGAGGGGUGGUAUUCUUGCUGAUGAAAUGGGAAUGGGAAAGACCCUUCAAGCCAUAUCCCUUGUUCUUAAAGCCCGAGAACUUCGAAAACCAAGUUUGGCUAAGUCCCAAAUACCCAUCGAUGGUGCUUUGCCUAGAGUGAAAGGAACUCUUGUGGUUUGUCCUGUUGUUGCUAUCAUUCAAUGGGCGAAUGAGAUCUCCAGGUUUACAGCUCAAGGAAGCGCCAGGGUUCUUAUCUAUCAUGGCGCCAAACGAUUCAAGGAUGCUUUGCAGUUCUCAGAGUAUGAUUUCAUUCUGACCACCUACUCCAUAGUUGAGGCAGAGUAUAGGAAGAAUGUCAUGAGCCCAAAGGCUAAGUGUCAGUGGUGUGGUAAAUCCUUUUAUCCGAAGAAAUUGGUUAUUCAUCAGAAGUAUUUUUGUGGUCCUUCUGCUAUGAAGACAGAGAAGCAGUCCAAGCAAGUAAAGAAAAAGACGAAGAUCAAGGUUAAGGCAAAAAAUAAAUCAUUUGAGAAAGAUAACGAGAUCGAAACUGAAAUUGUGGUUGGUAAGGAGAAAGGGAAGGACAAAGCUAUGGAGCGAACUCGUCAAAAAACAGUGCGUAUUCAAACUUCAGAUGAAACACGAAUUCCCCAUGGAACAAGUGAGGCCUCGAGUGCCACUGGUGGUUCAGCCUUGGGGUCAUCUCUUUUGCAUUCUGUGAAAUGGGAGCGCAUAAUAUUGGAUGAGGCACACUUUAUAAAAGACAGACGAUGCAACACUGCGAAGGCUGUUUUUGCUUUGGAAUCUUCCUAUAAAUGGGCUCUAAGUGGCACCCCUCUUCAGAAUCGUGUUGGAGAGUUGUAUUCAUUGAUACGCUUUCUGCAGAUAGAACCUUAUUCAUAUUACUAUUGCAAGGAUUGUGACUGCAAAUCACUCGAUCACAGAUACGAUGAAGAUGGAAAGCGUUGUCAGAACUGUGGCCAUUCACCUUUGAAGCAUUUCUGUUGGUGGAAUAAGUAUGUGGCAAAUCCGAUAAUGGCGUCCUCUUCUAUUAGUGAGGCCAGACAAGCCAUGUUUCUUCUUAAAUACAAACUAUUGAAAAGUACCGUUCUUCGUCGUACCAAGAAAGAGAGGGCAGCAGAUCUCGCGCUUCCUCCCAGAGUUACUAUUUUGAGGGAGGAUAGUUUGGAUAACAGAGAGGAGGACUUCUAUGAAGCACUAUAUACUCAAAGCCAAUCUCAAUUUAACACUUACAUCGCUGAAGGAACUUUAAUGAACAACUAUGCCCACAUUUUUGAUCUCCUCACACGGCUACGGCAGGCUGUUGAUCAUCCAUAUUUAGUGGUGUAUUCGGAUUCACAACAAUCAAACAAUCAGAUUGGCCCUGCUGAUGCAAUGCAGUAUUGUGGAAUCUGUCAUGAUCCAGCAGAGGAUUCUGUGGUCACUUCCUGUGGGCAUACCUUCUGCAAGGCUUGUGUGCUUGAUUUUACGGAAACUUCAGGGCAAGUCAUGUGUCCUUGCUCAAAGCCCCUCACUGUUGACUUAACUACAAAAGAGAACUCAAAAGAUGGGAGUAGCAAAAUGGCUGUCAAAGGAUGUAAACGUUCGAGAAUUAUGAAUCAGAUUAAGAACCUUGACGAUUUUCAAACUAGUACAAAAAUAGAAGCUUUGAAAGAGGAGAUUUUUCUUAUGCAUGAAAGGGAUGCAGCUGCAAAGGCAAUAGUGUUCAGUCAGUUCACUUCAUUUUUAGAUCUGAUAAACUUCUCUGUUCGUAAGGCAGGUGUAAGAUGCGUUCAGUUGGUGGGGAGCAUGAGUUUGGCAGCUAGGGAUGAGGCAAUAAAGACUUUCACUGAUGACCCAGACUGCAGGGUCUUCCUUAUGAGCUUAAAAGCAGGAGGCGUGGCUCUCAAUCUCACUGUUGCUUCCCAUGUUUUCUUGAUGGAUCCAUGGUGGAAUCCAGCUGUGGAGCAACAGGCCCAAGAUCGAAUUCACCGAAUUGGACAAUAUAAACCAAUUCGGAUUGUUAGAUUUGUAAUUGCAAACUCAAUCGAGGAGAGGAUUUUGAAGCUGCAAGAGAAGAAGAAAUUAGUAUUUGAAGGGACUGUGGGUGGAUCUUCAGAGGCACUGGGAAGAUUAACCCAAGCAGAUCUACGAUUCUUGUUCCAGACUUAGUUUUAUCAGAGGAAGUUGUGCUCUGUCAGCUAUCCAAUACACCAAAUGCCUUUGUUUCUCUUUGGCUGCAAGAAUACUUACUUGUUUUUUUUUUUCAUUAAAGAAACUCUUAACAAUUUUGGGCAAUGCUUUGGAUUUUGGCAUAAGGCUAUUGGUUUCUGUUGGAUUUCUUGGAGCCCCUUGUACAGAAUAAACGAAUUUUGUAACCAUGUAGUUUCAGUUAUUUAUUAUGUGCUCAAGGUAUC